AUGAACCAGAAUGACCUGUUUGAAGAAGAGCCAGGCCUGGACGUCGGCGUCACGAUUGUCAACCCUCACUUUCUCCUCUUGUUAACACCUUGCACGGAUGCAGGGUCACGCACGGCACACAAGGACCUCCUUAGUAAGCUUUCAAGGUCAGUACCCACGGAAAAGAUCACAGGCCACACCAUCACCUUGAAACGUAAUCAAAAGGAAGAUUUAGGCGACUAUGUUACUCUUGGUUUGAGAUACAAAGUUUUCAUGGUAAAUGUACCCACGCACGCAACUACAGGCAUGGACUUCCAGCCCAUGAACGUGAGCAUCCUGAGCAGCAGCAGCUCCCUCAGCGCGGAGACGGAAUACGAGCUCGUGUGCCAGGCUUGGGGUUCGAGGCCGGCCGCGGUCAUCAGCUGGUGGAAGGGUGGCACUCUGGCACUCAAGGAGGCGGUCAUGACGACGUCCCCUGACAGCAACGUAACGACGUCCAUCCUCAAAUACCGAGCCGAGAUGAGUGACAGCGGCAAGUACUUGACGUGUCGAGCGGAGAACAAGCAGAUUCCUCAGUCGGCGAGAGAGGACGGCAUCAAGCUCAACAUUCACUACAAGCCCGUGGUGACCCUCCAGAUGGGCAGCACCUUAGACCCGGAGAACAUCAAGGAAGGGGACGACGUGUAUUUCGAGUGCCACAUCAAUGCCAACCCCGAGGUCCAGCGGGUACUUUGGUAUCAUAAUGGCAAACCUUUAGAACACCGCACCAACCGGGGCAUCAUUAUACAGAACCAGACGUUAGUGUUGCAGAAAAUCAACCGAGAAUCAGCUGGAUUUUACACCUGUCGAGCAGUUAAUAUGGAGGGGGAGGGAGAGAGCCAGCCCGUGGAACUCCAAGUUAUGUGUCAUCCAUGUAUGUCAGAUGCUGAAGCCGACUCUGUAAUUUGGAGUUUCUGGUUCGAAACAAUCCUUUAUAAGCCGUACUGCCGGCAGCACAGAAAGACAGUGUACGGCACAGCUUUGCACGAGCCAGCCAGCGUGACGUGCGAAGUCGAAGCCAAUCCCGGUCCCGUGACGUUUCGAUGGACCUUUAACAACACAUCUGAACACCUGCCGAUCCCCGCGUCAGCUGUGUCGUCGCACAACUUCACCUCCGUGGCCAGCUACGCCCCCAAGAGCCACCUGGACUACGGGACGCUGCUGUGCUGGGCCUUCAACGACAUCGGGGUCCAGAGCGUGCCCUGCGCCUUCGCUAUCAUUGCUGCCAUGCGCCCCGACCCCCCGAAGAACUGCUCGAUCGCCAACAGAACGACGGACAUGAUCGAGGUGGAGUGCACGGCCGGAUUCGACGGAGGUUUGCCGCAGACGUUUUUCAUGGAGGUUUACGACUCGAGCACCUCCGCCCUCCAUCGGAACCUGUCGUCCUCGGAGCCCGUGUUCGUGCUAACCUCACUACGGCCUGGUCUUGCCUUCCUGAUGGUUACGUAUGCGGCUAAUAGCAAAGGAAGGAGCGCCUCCUUCAAGCUGGAGACGUUCACGUUGAAAGUUGCUGAGAAGAGGACAGGCCCCCCCACCCUCUUCGAAUUUACCCCCGUGCUGGGCGUGGUCAUCGGCGUGGUCCUCGCCCUCAUCCUCAUGGCCCUCGUCAUCAUGGUGGUCAUGAAAAUGCGUAGGCCUAGUCCGGGGCUUAACGGAGGUCACGGCUCGAACGAGGAGCUCAAGGGCGACCUGGAGAACAAGCCCUUGAACGUGGGCGUGCUGGGCGGAGGGCCGAGGGUCAAAGAGAGUGCGAGCGUGGGCGAGAGCGAGGACAAUGACCCGGAUAUUAUUCCACACAAGACAGAUGUCAUGACGUACCAGGACUACGAGAGUAUAGACAGGAAAGGGCCUGGCCGUGGGGGAACAAAUAUUGAGAAUGUACCGUCAGUACGCACGCUACCCCACACGCAUAACCAGAGUCUCCCGAGCAAUAGGGCGUCCUUCGCCGACCUGCCGCUCCCGCCCGACGCCCAGCCAGGCUACCAGGUCAACGCCACCGACCUGUGCCUCUUCGUCGCCAAGCGAAUGAGCGCCUACCAGCCGCUGCCCACCGACGACCCUGCCGCGCCCGCCGCCAGCGCCUCCUCCAAGCCCGCGGCCGGCAGCCCCGCGGCCAGCCCGGACGACGGCCACAUCUACGCCGCGGUGGCCCCGGUGGCGCGCGUAACGGCUCGCCCGGCGUCCGCGCACAUCUACGCCGCCGUGGACGCGGCCCCGCGCCGCGCCGUCGGACGCGCCUCGCCGCAGCACGCCCCUCCCGCGCCCUCGAGCUCGCCGCCCGCGGGUCGGACGAGCUCCCUCGACCUCCCCGCCGGCGCACACCUUCACGCCUCUCUCCCCCGCCCCAGGAGCAGCACCGCCCACCUCGGCAGGGGCGGCAGUGGCGCGCCCGCCGCCCUCGCACCCAACAACAUCUACGCCACCAUAGACGCCCGCAGAAGCCCUGUGGCGCCCGGAGCGAGCCCCGCCGCCCUCGCCUACGUCACGCUGGGCAACCGGGGGCACGCGAGGUCGCCGCUCGACUUCCGAGACCCACGGACGUCGGUCCGGCCGCCCGUCAUCCGGACGCCCAACGAGAGUGCUGUAUAG